CUGCCCAAUACGCUGUGCCGAGACGCGGUACCGCAAGAAACUGCCUUCGUCUCCACCCACAAAGCCCAGUGCGCUAUGUCUACCCACGACCUUGACAUCGGCAGGCAAAUGGAGAGAGAAGAGCAAUUAGAUUUCCAAGAUCCCUUACGACACCUGCGCGAGGACGAUGAGAUCUUGCCGCCACAACCACCAUCGGUGCAGAAUCAGACCGUCAAGCUUUCAUUUCCCUGUGGCCCCGCCGACAGCAGCAGGGCUGAAGAUCAAAUAGAGAUCUUUCUGAACGUCGAUGCCUCGCCCGGUUGCGGGGGCUUGGCAUGGCCUGCAGGAGAAGUUCUCGCAUCAUAUCUCGCUCGUAGAGGUCGGGGCUCCCUCGCGGGCAAAACGGUCCUUGAAUUGGGCAGCGGCACUGGGCUGGUAGGCUUGGUCGCAGGUCUGCUAGGCGGGAAGACAUGGAUCACCGACCAAUUACCGCUCUUGGAGAUCAUGAAAACAAAUAUCAACAUAAACAAGCUUGCUUGUUGCGUAGAAGCUGCGGAACUAAACUGGGGAGAACCAAUACCGGACUCAAUCCCUUGGCCUCCGGAUCUCAUCCUAGCCGCGGACUGCGUGUACUUCGAGCCUGCGUUCCCACUACUAGUGGAGACUCUAUCUGAAUUGGUGUCUGACCCACGGACGGAAGUCUUAUUCUGUUACAAGAAGCGUCGCAAAGCCGACAAGCGAUUCUUCACGUUGCUCCGGAAGAAGUUUACUUGGGAGGAGGCAGGUUCUUCCUCCACCCCAUCUCUCUCACGUCGUAAUUUUGACUCGCAUAUACAGGUGCUGGAUGAUCCGAACAGAGAAGUGUACACGAAAGAGGCCAUAUCUCUACUCAGGCUAUCGAAAAAG